GUUUUACUGUUUACUCUGCAGAUAUGCAUGUUGGCAAACGUCUCCAUUAUGCUGUCGAAGAGGGUGCUCAAGUAUUUCUUACUCACAGUUCUGUGUUUAUUUAUUCUUGCCUUAACAAUAAUGCAUUUGCCAAAGACGGGCAACCACUACACCCGUAUGUUUCACUUCAACAAAUUCCAACCAUUAAGAGAAUUUCAGAACAAAGCAGGACCAAAGGCAUUGCAAAAAGAUUCGCUGAAUAAUUGUCGAAAUCCCUUUUGCCCUAGUCUUUCGGCAAGGCAAAAACGCAGACACUAUACCUACGAGGACCAUAUUCCAAGUCAAAUAUCUUGGAAAAGUUUGCUCGACAUGACUCAUCCAAAUUUCACAUCAUUUCACAUCACCAAAACAAAUCGGAACAAUGCUUCCAAGUUUUUCGUGUGCGAUGAACUUCGGCUGAUCAUUCAAGCCCGGAAUGGGCUAAACGAGAGCAAGACUUACGGAGGAGACUAUUUCCGCGCCAAAAUAUAUACCAAAAAUUCAACUUUCCAGGCGAGCUCGAUGUCAGACGGCGAAGUUGUUGACCAUGGGAACGGAACGUACAGCGCCCUCUUUACCUUGAAGUGGGCAGGUUUGGUUAACAUUCAGGUUACCUUAGUUCAUACAAGUGAGGCCAAUUAUGUACUCAGGAGAUUUCAGAAAGAAGAGGUUAUCAGGAUAAAAUACCAAGGUCGAUUUUAUUCCAAAGAAUCGAAGAAGUCUAAGGAGACAUACUGUAACAUGGACCUCAAAGUGCUCCAAAAAACCAAAGCAAAGGAGAAAGUAAAGACCGAAAGCUGUAACUUCACCGACACAAGAACCGGUGCCCCUUGGUUUUGCGUCAAGCCACAGGAUUUUUCCUGCAGCGAUUAUGUAAUGCAUCACGGUGUGGGGUCUGCAAUGUCGAAGAGAGACACAUCGAAUAUUGAACGACUUUCCUUUACCUGGAAAGACCAAAGGAUAACUGGAUCUGAAAACAGCAUUGUAGUCCAUCAUAUGCCAGGUAAAGAGUCUGUCGUACACAAUGGGGCAGUAAACCAUCUGCCAGCAUGCACACCAAAGAUUCAAUUCGGAACACCAGAAGUCGCUGGCUUUUACUGGGGAAAGAAUUGGCUCUCGGCAGAUUGUGGCAUGCAUACAUUUAAUAAAUCGCGAGCAAUCUCGCUCUUAAGAAAUAAAACAGUGCACUUGUUAGGGGAUUCUACCAUCAGACAACUAUUUGAAUUUUACACAGAAUUCUUCGAAUUGGAAACAGGUUCCAAGUUGCUCCCGGUGUGGUACUACGGACCGACAAUCGUCAAAGACAGUAAAAACAACAUAACAUUCCACUUCCAGUUUCACGGACUUCCAAAUGGGAGAGGCGCAUGGGGAAAUGUUUCAAAUUUUGAGUACAUAGCAAAUAUCAUCGAUCGUAUUGAAGGAGGGGAGAACACUAUUUUUGUUUUGACGUUGUGGGCGCAUUUUACUCCUCACCCUCCCUCAUACUACGAAGCUCGUGUAGAGUCUAUGUUAAUGUCUAUAAGACGCCUUCAUGUUCGUAGUCCUAGAACUUUAGUCAUCUGGAAAAGUGCAAACACGAGAGAACAUGGCAGAUUGGAUCACGCCCUUAGAAACAGUGACUGGACAGCGAGGGAUCUGGAUAGAAGGAUGCGAAACAAAGUUUUCGCAUAUGAAAAUGUCGGGUUCAUGGACGCCUGGGACAUGACAAAUGCGCAGUUUGAAAAACACGCACUCCAUCCGAUCGGAUCGCACGUUGAAAAUCUCAGCAACAAACUGUUAUCAUAUGUUUUAAAUCACGAUAAAAAUGAAUGAUAUGUGCUUUAUUAGUCUUUCUUACAAUAAUCAUCAAACGACAAAAGAAAACAUCCAUCAAAGAUUAAGAUAACUAUUAGAAUGUUAAGAUUUUGAUUUGUGACGUCAUAAACGAGCUGCUGCCCCAUAUGUUAUAUGAUAUAAAAUGCACAAUUUUCAUUUUUUUUAAUGAUUCAUGAAGACCAAAAAUUUGUUUCUUUCAGGACAGGGAGUGAAAUUCUUUGUUUUUUAUACUGAAGGUACAAUAAUUUUUUUUAUUAUUUUGAGAAAACGAAACUUUGUCCUGUGGAAGCUGCUCGCUCGCACAUGACGUCACAAAUCGAAAUAUUUAAAUGGUAAUAACUACUUUUAUCUUUGAGGAUGUUUCUCAAACUUUCAACAAUAUCUUUUAUUAUUUUUCUGCUAUCUUUACGAUAAACUUUUUGUCAGAAUGAACUUUUCCUUUAAGAAGAGAAGGUUACCUCUCAUCCAUUCGUGAAUCGCUUGAAGCACAUUUAAAAAAAUGAUGCUUACGAUUUUACACAACGCCGAUUUCUACAGGAACUUUACAGUAGUUGUUUAACAGUUUAAACAACCGUCUUUAGUUUAAAAACUCAUCUAAACUGUUUGAACAACCACUGAAAGGUUCAUUUAGUAAACAGUUUUUUAAAAAUCAAUCAGCGAUUUUACCGUGAGAAACACUGCGAGCUUUCUGAUUUCUUGUUUUCCUCUUAUUGGAUUUUAUAGAGAUGGGAAGGACUAAUCAUUGAGGAACUUCCCUGAGAAUAUUUAUGAAAUUAAGUGAUUUAAAAGUGUUAACGCAUUUCUUCAUCAUAAUAACGCCUAAAUGAGUCUAUCGCUUUACCCUUAAAAAGGUUAUGAUGUGCUUAACGAUAUGAAAUAAAAAUGUAUUUUGAAGGAUGAA